CCUUUGUCUCUCUCACAUCUCACAUCCCAAAAAUCCCACGUUUUUUGCUAUGCUCUAGCAGAUGGUGAAAAUUUAAAGGCAUCUUCAUCUGUUUGGUCAUCUCCAAUGUAGAGUUCUGGAAAACAUUACUUGAAUGGGCAUAUUCAGAUUAGUCAAUUCUACAUUGGUGAUGCCGAACAGAUCAAGAUCCCUUCCAAGCUGGUUUUCCGUGAAGGAGAGCAAGGAUUUGGAAUCCAAAGGAAACAAUUGCCUCUUAUUCUCCACAAGAGCCAGUUAUGGAUUUUUUGUGGCUUUUGGUGGAGUGGAAACGGUAGUUCAACCCGACGAUGGGUCGAUUAACUAAGAAUGGUAAUGUCCUCCUUGAUAGGUUAUGACAUGAAAAAGAAGCCUCGAAGAAAAGAAGAGUACAUAGAGGCGAGAAUUCUAUUUUACAAUUUAAAUUGUAAAAUAAAAAUUAUUAAGUAAA